AUUCCUUGACACCUCCACUUCGAGUCCUUCUUGGCGUCUCAGCUUCGUCAUUCGCCAUGGUAUCCAGCAGCAUUAUCUUCUCCGCUGUUGCCGCUUUGGCAGUCGUCCAGAAUGUGAACGCGCACGGCUACAUGUACAUCCCGCUGGCCGAGUUUGAAGGCACGGCCACGUCCUCCUGGAUCGUGCAGAUCGAGCCGCAGUGGUCGGGUGACUGGGACAGCUGCAGUAGCGACGACAGUGAUUGCCUCACUUCGGUCUACACAACGCUGAAGUCCUCGAACGGCUACAGUGACAUCCGAACGCUGCUCGACAGCGAUACCGACCUGUACGGCGCUGACUGCGGCUACACCAACCCGGACGCGACUGCGAAGGACCCGCCAACCACGGGUGACGCGACCUUCUCCCGUGGAAUGGUGCACGUCGGUCCGUGUGAGAUCUGGCUGGACGACACGAUGGUGCUGUCCAAUGACAACUGUUUGACAGCUUACGGGGACGGCACGGUGGACACCAAGUCAGUGUUCACCCCCGUGGACUAUUCGUCCUGCUCGACAAGUGGUUGUAUGUUGCGGUUCUACUGGUUAGCAUUCCAGGGCGUGGACAGCAAAAUGGUCUGGCAGGUCUACAAGGACUGCGUGCCCCUCACUGGUCCGGCGAGCGGAGACAGCUCGUCCACCUCCACGACCUCGACGACCGCGACUUCAACAUCGUCGACUACCGGAAAUGAAGCGGCUACGUCCACGUCAGGUGACACAACCACGACGUCAUCCAGUACGUCGGAUCCGACCACAGCGUCCUCUACUACGACAGAAACGUCCACCAGUGAGUCCUCAGUGACGACGACCACAGCGCCUUCGGCUACAACAGGAGCGCCCACCACUGGCGGUGACUCGUGGACUUCGACCGGAUCUGCAAUGACCACUAGCAGUGGAGACUCGUGGACUUCCGCAUCGCAAGGCAAGGACAACCAGGGCGGGAAAGGCUGGAGCGGCGGCUUCGGUGGCAUGGGAGGGGGGGAUGCGGAAGUAGGCAAUCCACCUUGAGUUCGUGUUGAUUCCUCGGUUUACAUCGUCAGUGCCUUCUUCAUGUUGCGUGGCAUGCUGGCUUCCGAAAGUGCGACGACUUCGGCUUGUUCGUAAGAAAACAGUAAUCAAAUACAAGCUUUACAGUGUAAAGUUUAUUGACCCC